CGGACUCUCACGAUUGCCAUCCACCUCCACCUCCACACCCGUACAUAUGCCGGCUGAUAUGUUCUAUCAAGAGCCUCUGGAAAUAGGCAAAUGCGCAACCCUGAACCUCAAGAUUCCAAGCUUUCCCGAUCCCUGAUGCAAAAGCAACUUCGGCUGGAAGUGUGAGGAACUGUGAGAUGCUACGGGAAUCAUGCCAUAUCAUUUAAAAACCUUUCAAGGAGGAUAUUUCAGACCGCCUUGCGAUCCCCUUCCCCUUCCUCCAAAACUUCGUUCCUACUACACAGUCACCAAGUCAAAGGUCAAACAACGAAAAUGACAACUCCGUGCGCCCCGAUUCAAUUUCCUCCUCUUCACGAUACUAUGGGCUGUCUGUUCAUCGGGACAACCCUUGCUGGAGCAAUGUGGGGCGUGACCACCAUGCAAACCUACAACUAUUUCUUCCAAUAUUUUAAGGUCGAUCGUCCGCUCUUGAACAUCAUGGUUGGAGUGAUUUAUGCCCUGGAUACCGUUCAUCAAAUUAUGCUCUUGCACUUGGUCUACACCUACCUGGUAUCGAACUUUGGUAGCCCAGUCAUUUUAGGAACACUGGUCUGGAGCAUUUUGAUCAUGGUUCUGCUAACGGCUUUCAUUGGUUUAAUUUGUCAACUUUUCCUGACCUACCGUAUCUGGAUUUUGAGCCGCGGAAAGGUACCUGUCGUGGUCGUUGUUCUGCUUCCGAUACUUGGGCUAUUCACUACCACUCUUGCUUACUUUGCGAAUGCCUGGCCCUUUACUACUUUUGCACAACUCGCGCUGGUCGGCGGUUAUUCAAGGGCGGUUAAUGUACUUGGUGCCGUGAGCGACAUAACGAUCACCUUGACAUUAUCAUUCUAUCUCUGGUCAUCGAAGUCUGGUAUGCGAAGAACCGAUGCUAUCAUUAACCGUUUGAUUCUCUUCUGUGUGAGGACGGGUGCUAUCACUACAGCUUGUGCUAUCUGCUCUCUCAUAACAAUCUCGUUAUUGCCCAACACGUUCGUUUAUAUUACAUUCUACUGCACUCUCGCCCGCUGGUACACGGCCUCUUUACUCGCUACUCUAAAUGCUCGCUCGGACUUGAGGAGCCAAUCCACCCCUCACCACUCUUUGGGAAGUACUGCGGUUUCACUCGAUAGCUCUGGCUCCCGCGACCGGACUGGCAGGGCUGUUGACGCGAGUGGUGGUGUGAGACACGUUGCCAUCAACAAGGAGGGAGUGGAUACUCUGAUUCCCAACGAGUACGAGAUGAAGGUCAAUCAAGCGUUAUAGAUUUAACCUUGAAUUUCGUCGGAUCUAUGAAACAAAAAGCACCCGUAUCAUUUAUUGCUUUGUAUAUAGGUGUGAAAUACUCGGCCUGGAUAUGUUGUGUGCCCAGUUGCUUUCGCCAUGUUCAGCCAUUGCUUAUUAUCAUUUGUCCCAAAUUCUUUUCCUGUUCAUAGAGCCGGGUUUACUAUAACUUAUCUGGUUAUACUGAAAUCCAUACUUGUCCGAAAUCGGGUACAGAGAGAGAAAAGCGGC